CAGAAUGAUUGUUUAACAGUUGUUGCAGCAAUCCAAACACGGCUAUUGUAAUUAAAUCCUAUCCGACUGUUUUUGGCACCAUUCCAAUGAAGACCCCACAUAAACUUAUGCUUCUUAACCGAGCAAACAAAAAUAUGUUAUUUUUUUAUAGUGAAGCUUUCAUAUAAACUAUUCAUAAUAAUAGAGUCACUGUUUUAGCCUCCAAGAGCAGUAGCGUGAAUGUGGUUCAUUGCUCGAGAACACCAUGAUGUUUCAAUGUUGUUUAUUUGCUCUAAUGAUAGCACUUUGCGUAUCAUCGCCGGACCAAACAAAGCGAGAAGAUUUUCAGCUGAGCCAUCCAUAUAUCGAUGACAUACACAACACUAGCCAGAUUGAUUUCUCAAUUAAUACUAUUCAAGACCUGAGCAAUUUUGAUCUUGAAUACUCUGGAAUUCCAAUGCUGAAUGUUCAGGAUAUAUACGACGAAAAUAAUGCAUCACAAGAUGACAAAAGUGGUGCUGGUAACGAUCCAAUAAUGACAGCAGGAGAGAUGAGAUACGAUGAUGGUGACAACAGAAAUGUCAUUCUUUACGACAGUUCCGUAAGGAUACUGUCCCCUUUAAACGGUGCAGAAUCUGCGGCCGAAUCCAUUCACGUCAGUGCCCGAACGGAAUUGAACAAGUUAGAAGCAGAACAGGAUACAUUUGAAUCUGUCGGUUCCCAGGGUUUCUUGCAGCACCACUUCGAACCAUCACCGGAUAGCCGGCAGCAACUGGAUGGCACUGAAGUUGUUCAAUUAUCAUCAACAUUGUUGACAAUGGCCACGACUUCAAACAAUGGCAACUCGUCUCCUAAGACUGGCCUCACGGUUCUCACCGUUUUAUCACCAACGGCUGUGGAAGUAUCACUAGAGAAAUCCUCCAAUGUAUCUUUACCCAACGUAUCUACCCAACGAACCAUACAACAUCCCAUGUCCGACGUCCGAUUGGCUGUUAUGGGAUAUAAUAAUAAAGUCGAUGCCAGCAAACCCGUGAAGAUGGAUGCAACUCGCUCAUAUAACGACCAAAUUACAACGACCCAGAAGAAUAGUGAUAUACAACAAUCGAUAGUUGAUGCACACAGGAGAAAUAAUCCCAAGAGUAUUCCCAAUUUCCACCCUACUGCAUUCGACGAUACGAUAGCAACUGUUACAUAUUCUAGUUUGCAACGUCAUAGAACAAUUAAUUCAAUGAAUCUUAAUCCUACCACGCCAUCCAUGGUAGUGAAACCAGUAGGUGAACUUCGAAUGUUGCUGAAAAGCACAGGACCCAUCUUAAACUAUGUAUUCGACCAUCAUCCUCCUUACUACAAAUCAACAUAUUACAAUACUAGGUACGGACCUCACUUUGAAACUGAUAAUGUCACGAAUAUCACAGUGCAGAACGGUGAUACACUUUUUUUAAGUUGUAGAAUCAGCCUCCUGCAAGACAAAACGGUGUCCUGGGUACGACGGAAAAAAGGCGAUACAGCUUUACAGCUGUUGACCGUUGGAAGGCAAACGUAUUCCGGUGAUCCGCGAUACCACAUAGAGUUCCAAUAUCCAAAUAAUUGGCGGCUGAAGAUAUCAAGAGCUCACAAAGAUGAUGAAGGAGUGUACGAGUGUCAGAUAUCAACCCAUCCACCUAAAGUUAUUGUAUACUUUUUAUUUGUUAACGCACCUGAAGUAGCCAUCGUAGACGAAGAAGAUGUGCCAUUAUACGAUAAGUACUACGAAGUUGGAUCGACGAUAAAACUGAUGUGCAAAUUCGACACAUCUCGAUGUUACGGUCUG